AUCUUUAAUAUUAUUUGUAUUGAAUAUUAAUUUGAGCUGGUCAUUUAAUAUUAUUAAUUGAAGUCUCACCAUUUUCCCAAAAUAAAUGCUAUCCGAGUUCUAAAAAAUUAGAAUACGUUAAAAUUCAGUAUUCACCAUGGAUACGCCCAAUUCCGGGACAAGUUCACCGGGCUUGAUAGGCUCUACAGCGCCACUGUUACCACCGCCAAUGCUCGGUGGUAUGCCGCCGCCAAUGCCGCCAGCCGUAGCCAUGCCACCGGUGCCGGGAAUGCCACCGGUACCUGGAAUUCCUCCUGUACCAGGAAUGCCACCAAAUAUGGGACCUCUGCCGCCACCUAUGGGUUUUCCUCCAAUGAUGGCUCCUUUUUCUCUACCACCACCUGGCUUUCCAUCAUUUAAACCAGAAUUGACUGCUCCAGCUCCAGAAAUAUCACCAAUGGCUAAUCAAAGCAGCCCCUGGUCAGAGCAUAAAGCUCCAGAUGGACGAAUUUAUUAUUACAAUUCAAUCACUAAGCAAAGUCUUUGGGAGAAACCUGACGAUUUGAAGACUCCAGCAGAGAAAAUGCUGUCUGCAUGUGUUUGGAAAGAAUACACAACUGAUGCGGGGCGAGUGUAUUAUCACAAUAUUGAAACAAAGGAAUCAAGCUGGGUUAUCCCCAAAGAACUUCAGGAAAUAAAAGACAAAAUAGCAGCUGAAGAAGCAGCACAGGCUGCACUAAAUGCUGAUGUACCUCCAGGCGAAGUGCCACUACCAACUUCUCCAGCAUUGUUAGCCUCAGGCAGCUCAGCUCUAGACGAAGCUAUGGCUAAAACUCUUGCUUCUAUUGACCCCUCCUUGGCAAACGCUAUACCAAUUCCAGAAGAAAUAAAACCAGAGGAAAUAGCAGCCCCGCCACAACCCAAUGGUACAGAUUCUAAUGAGCCAGAACUUCAGUACAAAGACAAAAAAGAAGCAAUAGAAGCAUUUAAAGAAUUGCUUAGGGAUAGGAAUGUUCCUUCAAAUUCUACAUGGGAGCAAUGUGUGAAAAUUAUAUCAAAAGAUCCUCGUUAUAUAACAUUCAAGAAACUCAAUGAAAAGAAACAAGCUUUCAAUGCAUACAAAACUCAAAAGUUAAAAGAUGAAAGAGAGGAACAGAGACUGAAAACAAAGAAGAACAGAGAAAAUCUAGAAGAGUUUUUAUUGGGCUGUGAAAGAGUAACAUCAUUGACUAAGUAUUAUAAAUGUGAGGAAAUGUUCAAUAAUCUUGAGAUAUGGCGAUGUGUUCCCGAUUCUGAUAGAAGAGACAUAUAUGAGGAUUGUAUAUUUUCUAUAGCAAAGCGAGAGAAGGAAGAAGCAAAGGUCCUUAAAAAACGAAAUAUGAAGAUUUUAGCACAAGUUUUAGAGAAUAUGAAUGAAAUCACAUACAGUAGCACAUGGAGCGAGGCUCAAGUUCUAUUGUUGGAAAAUGCAGCAUUCAAAAAUGAUGUCAGUUUACUUGGAAUGGACAAAGAAGAUGCUCUUAUAGUUUUUGAACAGCACAUAAGAAAUCUAGAAGCUGAAUACCUUCAGGAAAGGGAACAGGUCAAAAAGAGGAAUAAACGUCAACAAAGAAAAAAUCGAGACAAUUUUUUGGCACUGCUGGACGGGCUGCACGAGGAGGGCAAGCUGACAUCCAUGUCGCUGUGGGUGGAGCUCUACCCCGUCAUCUCGGCGGACACGCGCUUCUCCGCCAUGCUCGGACAGAAUGGUUCUACGCCUUUGGAUCUGUUUAAGUUCUAUGUUGAAAAUCUGAAGGCUCGAUUCCACGACGAAAAGAAGGUUAUAAAGGAAAUAUUGAAGGAAAAAGAGUUCGAAGUUAAACCGGACACUACCUUCGAAGAGUUCGCGACUGUCGUGUGCGAAGACAGCAAGUCCGCCUCGUUGGAUGCCGGCAACGUCAAGUUAACGUACAACUCCUUGCUCGAAAAGGCCGAAACCAGGAGCAAGGAGAAGCUAAAGGAGGAAACCAAAGCCCAGAAGAAAAUCGAGGCCGCCUUCAAGUGGUUCGUGGGCGCCGCCAACGUGGACCUGUCGCAGCCCUGGAGCGCCGUGCGCGAGUCGCUGGACGCCGGCGCGCCCGAGCUGGCGGCCGUGGGCGGCGACGACGAGCGCGCGCGCCUGUACCGCGAGCUGCAGCACGAGCACGAGGACAGCUGCCUGCACUACCACCACCCCAAGCCGCGCAAGGCCAAGCGCUCCAAGAAGAAGAAGCAGCGCUCGCACUCGCUGUCGCACUCGCGCUCGCCCUCGCCGCAGGAGCCGCGCGCCUCGUCCGCCAGCGCCACGCCCUCCGACGACGACGAGCGCAAGCACAAGAAGCCCAAGAAGAAGCACCGCAAGCAGCCCGAGCCGCCGCGCUGCCCCACGAAAUCUCCGAGUAUAGAGGAAGGCGGUAUAACUGACGAGGAGCCCGUGAAGGAGGCCCCAAAACACAAGAGCAAGAAGACAAAACGAAGCGCUCCGAGCUCGCCCGACCAACCACCGGAACUGGCGCACAAACCUAAGAAGAAGAAGGAGAAGAAAGAAAAAAAAGACAAAGCGAGCGGCUCGGUGGUGUGGAGCGACGCGGAGCUGGAGUCGCGGCGCGCGGCGCUGCUGGCGCAGCUGCACGAGCACGAGGCCGACUGACGUCGCGUCACGCACGUGCACGUCUUCAAC